AAAGCUUGUAGUGGCUCAGUUUCAGUUAGUAAAUUACAAAUAUUAUAAAUCAAUAGUGCUGAUUUAUCUCAAGAGGAAAAUAAAAUAUCGAUAACAGAAGAUUACUUGGAUUACCCGUUACACAGAUAAGUCUCUAAGUAAACUGAGUUAUCACCAUGACUGCAGAAAAUAUUUUCCUUUUUGUACCAAAUAUAAUAGGUUAUGGCAGGAUUGUGCUGGCAGUUGUGUCAUUCUAUUAUAUGCCAACAAAUUAUGUAGUAUCAUGUUGGUGCUACUUCAUCAGCAGCUUGCUUGAUGCAUUUGAUGGUCACGCAGCUCGUUACUUCAAUCAAAGUACCAAGUUUGGUGCAAUGUUGGACCAGCUGACAGAUCGAUGUGGUACCAUGUGUCUUCUGGUGACCCUGAGCUACUUUUAUCCACAAUAUAUGUUCCUGUUUCAACUAAGCAUGACCAUAGACAUUGCAUGUCACUGGAUUUAUCUGCAUACGAGCUUGUUGCAGGGCAAGACAAGUCACAAGUUCAUUGACCUGUCAGAGAAUCCUAUAAUGCGCAUCUACUACACAUCAAAACCUGUUCUGUUCUUCAUGUGUGCUGGUAAUGAAGCAUUCUAUGCAGCACUGUACCUGCUGCAUUUCACAGAGGGUCCUACAGUUGCUGGACUGGGCCUUUUCCGAGCAGUGUGUUACAUCUCUGCCCCAGUGGCCAUUGUCAAGUCACUCAUCUCUCUUCUACAUGGAUAUGUUGCAUGUAAGAAUCUUGGCAUCGUGGAUGUGAAGGAACGUGAGGCAAUGCAUUCCAAAAGUCAAUAAAAGUGUCAUAUUUAAUUAUGAUUAGAAAGCUGUUAUGGGGUCAGAUCCACAUGUUGGAGAAAACUGAGAGAUCACCAACCGUAUUUCUGUACUUCACUAAUUCAGUAUAAUCAUAACUACUUGAGUAAUACUUUUGAGCUUAGUAUGUAAUAGUAACAUAGCUCCAUAUAAAUGUUAUCAGAUUUUUAUCUGAUACUGCUUCUGGAUGAAUGAUACCUUCAGUUUCAUAACUACAGAUAUUCUUCAUAGUAAAUUGAGUCACUUAUGAUUAGUCUGUACAGUAAUUUUAUGACACUGUAUCAGUUGCUCAGAUUGUGUACCCUCGAUGUUCAUUACGUUUUAGAAUCUGAUAUAUAAUAAAAGGUAAAGGUAUC